CUGUCCAGUCCCGCUCCCGGCCGCGGCGGCCGCAGCAACCGCAGCAGUAGCGGCUCCAGGAUGGUGAGCGCCGCUGCUCCCCAGCCUCGGCCUGUCGCCCCCGGCCCGCGCCCCCGCCCCGGCCCCGGGGCCGGACGCCCCCCCGGGCCGCGGACACUCACCUAGGACCCGGCCGGGAUGCCGAGCUCUGUCAAAGAUGCACUGGACACCGGAACACGCCCAGCCCCUCAACCAGUGGCCAGAGCAGCACCUGGACGUCUCCUCUACCACCCCUUCGCCGGCCCACAAGUUGGAGUUGCCCCCGGGGGGUCGCCAGCGCUGCCACUAUGCUUGGGCACACGACGAUAUCUCCGCCCUCACUGCCUCCAACCUUCUCAAGCGCUACGCGGAGAAGUACUCGGGGGUCUUGGACUCUCCCUACGAGCGCCCGGCCCUGGGCGGCUACAGCGAUGCCGCCUUCCUCAACGGUGCCAAGGGAGACCCCGAACCCUGGCCAGGGCCCGAGCCACCCUAUCCCUUGGCCUCACUCCACGAGGGCCUCCCGGGAGCCAAGUCGGGCACUGGGGGUAGUUCUGGAGGUCUGGGGAGCUCCCCGGUUUUAGCCGGGAACCUGCCUGAACCCCUCUACGCUGGCAAUGCAUGCGGGGGCCCCUCGGCCGCACCAGAGUACCCAGCGGGCUACGGCGGAGGGUACCUGGCACCUGGUUACUGCGCACAGGCGGGCGCUGCGCUGCCCCCGCCGCCCCCGGCUGCGCUUCUACAGCCCCCACCCCCUCCGGGCUACGGCCCCUCCGGGCCGCUGUACAACUACCCCGCGGGGGGCUACGCUGCACAGCCUGGCUACGCUGGCCUACCCCCGCCCCCCGGCCCGCCCCCGGGCCCCUACCUGACCUCGGGCCUGGCGGCGCCCACGCCUCUGCCCGCGCCGGCGCCGCCACGGCCUGCGCCCACCUCCUACACCUUCCAGGCUACAGCUCCGGGCGCGGAGGCCGGGGUCUCGCUGAAGCGCAAGGCCGCCGACGAGGGCGCAGAGGGCCGCUACCGCAAGUAUGUCUACGAGCCCGCCAAGGCCCCCAUGGCCGACGGCGCCUCCUAUCCUGCCGCGGACAAUGGCGAGUGUCGGGGCAACGGGUUCCGGGCGAAGCCGCCGGGAGCCGCGGAGGAGGCCACGGGCAAGUACGGUGGCGGCAUCCCCAUCAAGGUCCUAGGCUCCCCAGUCUACGGCCCGCAACUCGAGCCCUUUGAAAAGUUUUCAGAGCGGGCCCCGGCGCCGGCUCCCCGUGGGGGCUUCGCGUUGCCCUCGGGGGAGCCUCCCAAAGGAGUGGACCCGGGGUCCCUGGAGCUGGUGACGAGCAAGCUGGUGGACUGCGGGCCCCCAGUGCAGUGGGCAGACGUGGCAGGCCAGGGCGCGCUCAAGGCGGCUCUGGAAGAGGAGUUGGUGUGGCCCCUGCUGAGGCCACCCGCCUAUGCUGGCAGCGCGCGCCCGCCGCGGACCGUGCUGCUCUUCGGACCGCGGGGCGUGGGGAAGGCGCUGCUGGGCCGCUGCCUCGCCACGCAGCUGGGCGCCACGCUGCUGCGUCUGCGCGGUGCCGUGCUGGCGGCGCCGGGCGCGGCAGAGGGCGCGCGCCUCCUCCAGGCCGCCUUCGCGGCUGCGCGCUGCCGUCCGCCGGCAGUGAUCCUCAUCAGCGAGCUGGACGUGCUGCUCCCCGCGCGGGACGACGGCGCCUCCGCGAGCGCGCUGCAGGCGCCGCUCCUGGCUUGCCUGGACGGCGGCUGCGGCACGGGGGCCGACAGCGUGCUGGUAGUGGGUACCACCUCGCGGCCCGCCGCCCUGGAUGAGGCGACCCGCAGGCGCUUCUCUCUCCGCUUCUACGUGUCCCUGCCUGACAGUCCGGCCCGUGGGCAGAUCCUGCAGCGGGCGCUGGCCCAGCAGGGCUGCGCGCUGAGCGAGCGGGAGCUCGCGGCCCUGGUGCAGGGCACCCAGGGCUUCUCAGGGGGCGAGUUGGGGCAGCUGUGCCAGCAGGCAGCGGCCGGGGCGGGCCUUCCGGGGCUGCAGCGCCCCCUUUCUUACAAGGACUUGGAGGCGGCGCUAGCCAAGGUGGGCCCUAGGGCUUCCCCCAAGGAGCUGGACUCGUUCGUGGAGUGGGACAAAAUGUACGGCUCCGGACACUGAUGGUUUGCGGGGGAGUGCGCGGGAGCCACCGGCCCUGCCGCCAGCUUUCUCCGCUUAGGAGGUGUGUCAUUAACCAAGCCCUGGCUGGGAGGGUGCCAGAGUGGUGAAUGUGGAGUGGGGGAGGGGGGCCUGCCGGUGGACUUUUUUUUUCCCGUGGGAUGGAAAAUGCUUCUGCUAGGCAGAUAGAUGCCGUGUGCGCCGUGUACUCAGGUUUUUCCUAUUUAUUGUGGACGAGAAGCUAGCCAUCUCCUCCCUGCGGGUGGGGCAGACCCGGGAUGGGCUGGCACCCCGGGACUAAGGAACUCCUGCUCUCUCGCCACAAUCCUUUUGUCUCCUUGCUGUCUGAAUAGCUCUCCCCUCACCCAGUUUCUUUCUCUACAUUCUCUUGUUUUCUCUCCCUAUUGCUUUGUGUCCCCCCCCUUCUCUUUUACUCCUCCUUCCCUCCCCCAUUUCUACAUCUAUCACCCUCUGUGCUUCUGUCUCUCCAUCCCGUUCUCUCUAGCCUCCCUCUGUCUCUUGCUCCCUGUUUUUAAAUGCUUCUCACUGCCUUCUGUCUCUCAUUCAAAGGCCUCAGUGUCUCUUCACAGGAGAUCUGGAGGUCCAGAGGUGGCGGCAGAGGGGAUAGGGAGUUCCCUCCUAUCCCCUUAUCCCUUGC